AUGGCAUCAGCUACUCCUUCACCUCUUGCCAGUUCUGUAGAGAAGACAAAUGGAGCCAAGCUCAGCCGACUUCUCAUCGAUGGUGGAACAACAGUUCUCAGGAGCAUUUUCAAUGGAUAUCAUCCCCCAGCAAGUCUUUCAGCCGCGUUGAAUGCAAACUAUUUGAGUCUUAAAAAGCUGUUGAAAAGAAAGAUUCUACACAAACCUCAAUGGGAUCUAUUGUUUCCUCCAAGCGGUGCUCCUCCAGACUCCCAAACAUUUGAUAUCACUCUUUUAUUCCUUCUCUUAACCAAUAUUUGUGGUCUCUUCCCACCCCGCUCUGGGUGGCACACUAAACCACCUCCAAGUGACAACACCCUUAAAGCAAAUCUUGCUCGCAUAAAGUUUUACCGCAAUGAAUUGUAUGGCCAUGUUACCACAACUGGUAUUGCUGAUCCAACUUUCUCAAUUCUGUGGCAUGAGAUCAGAGUUGUCCUUGUUGCUCUUGGAUUGCGGCAGGCAGAAAUUGAUAGAUUGAAGGCUGAACAUUGUGGAGAGCAAGAGUUCUUAGAUGCGUUGCUUGAGUGGGCUGAUUCUGAGAAAGAUAUAAAAUCACAGCUGAAGGACAUACGGGAUACAGAGACCAAAGUGUUGCAAACUAUUGAUGAAAAUAAAGCAAAGCUGGUACAAGUUCAUCAGUUGCAGAGGAACUUGCAAGAAUCUGUCAGUAUUGUGCAUCAGAGCCAACAGCAAGACACUAGAGCCAUUCAAGAUAACUUUGGAAAAGUCUGUGAGAAGCUUCAAACUUUGGAGGAGGUAUCCCAGCACACCAUUCAAAUUUUGAAUAACGAGAAGGAGAGCAUCAGAGAUGACGAAGUCCUUGCGAAACUAGCAAACGUGGAUAAUUUAAGUGAAAUUAGAAGCCAUGCAAGCAGAUAUGUUGAGGGAACUCGGUUAUCGAUCAUUGCAGCAGUUGAGAGAUGGUUAGACGACAAAAGUUCUCCAAAUAGAGUGAUUGUUAUUAGUGGAAAUGCGGGGAUGGGAAAGUCUGUAAUCUCAGCUGUCUUGUGCCGAAAGAUGUUAGAGGCUGGAAGAUUGUCGGGGAGCCACUUCUGUCGGCAUAACCAGGCACGCCGAAGGAAUCCCAAAGUGAUGUUGCAGUCCUUAGCCUGUCAACUUUCAGACUCGCUUCCAGAGUACAGGAAGGCUAUCGUGAAGAAGUUGUCGAGAAAUGUGGGCGUUGAAAUUGGAGACAUGGAAGUGGAAGAACUGUUUGAAUUCUUGUUUAAAGAACCUCUUUCAGAUUUGAAAGAUCCAGACUCUGUCCAUCUCAUGGUUAUAGAUGGCUUAGACGAAAGUGAAUACCAGGGGCGUAAUGAGCUUUUAAAUGUGAUUGCGGAUUACUUUAAGACGCUUCCGUGUUGGAUACGAUUUGUGGUAACAACGCGACCUGAAAUGAACAUCUUAGAGAAGAUUCAAGACUUAAAUCCCAUAAAGCUGAACCCAAACGAUCAAGAAAACUUGAUGGAUGUUAGGCUUUGCUUUCAAGAGCAACUGGAACAUGUUCUGCAAUCUGAUUGCCAAGAUACCAUAUUAGAGAAGCUUGUUGAAAAGUCAGAAGGAGUCAUGUUAUAUACCUAUUACCUGACAGAGUUCAUUAAGAAGAAUGCUGUGCGUAUGAGUGCUGCUGAAGUGAUCAACAGCGACUUGCCAUCAGGUAUUUCGUCCGUUUAUCAAGACUACUUCAAACGCCUGAAAAAUGAAAUGCAGAAAGAACUAGGAAUCACCGAAGAGCAAUUCUUCGAUUUUUUAAAUGCCAUGGUGGCAGCAAGAGAACCAUUACCUGUCGAGUUUGUCUACAAGUUGUUCCUUUCAAAAGAAUGGUCAUCGACUGAUGAGCAAAAAGUACGAGACGCAGUUGAUUGUAUCUCGGCUCUUCUACCCAUUGAGGGCGAGUGCAUUAACUUCUUUCACAAGUCAGUCAAGGACUGGUUGGUUGAGGAGUCUACUUCGAGGCAAAAGAAGUUUAUUGUUAGCGGAAAAGAAUGUCAUCGCGUCAUUGCAAAGCUUUGCAGAGAUGAACUAGAUGAAUUGAAACUUAAAGGGAUCCAAAGUUCAACACUGAAACAGACGUCGAGGUAUGCCUUGCAGCAUGGUGUUCAGCAUAUACUUGAGGUAGAAGAGAAUGCUCGUCCGUGUAGCCUGGACGACAUUGUAAAGAAUUAUGUUUUGGACCUAGAAUUGGUCUAUGCAAAGCUAACUGUGAAGAGUACAGCAGCUACUGAAGAUGUUCUUUGCGUACAAGAGAAGGAAAAUACAAAUGGUUUGUCAAAGAAUUGCAGGGAAGUCCUUGAGACGUUAUUGUUGCUGUUGCGGAAGCAUUUAAGUACUCUUUCAAAACUUCCUUAUGCCAUCUUUCAAAUCUUGUUGAAUGAAGGAGGACGUGAACUGUCUGCGGAGGCAUUAAGAUUGCUAAACACCAAGUAUGCGGACUUACCAUACAUGGAAUAUUUGCGAAAGAAGGAGGAAAGAACAGAUGUUUUACUGCGGUUUUUUGCCUCAGAUGAGGUGAUCUGCUUUGAUGUCUCACCAAAUCAGGACUACCUGGUAUGCAAGUGUUCGAAUGACACAAUUCAUCUGUGGUCGCUCCGUACUGGCCAGCUAAUGUGGACACGCUCUAAGCUGGUAUUAGACACUACAUUUUGGCGGCACCGAACGAAAGGAUUUAGUUUCCGUUUACCAUUUUUCCGGUCAGUAGUUUUCCAUCCAACCUUAGACCUGAUCUUUCAAGGGACUCUGUGUCAGGGUUAUACCUUGUUCGGAGACGUGAAACCUCUUUUCCGUUCGAGCGAGUGCCGGUUCAAAGUUUGUUCAAUAUCUGGUGACAAAAGCACGAUGCUGACUGACUGUCUGGACGGGAGGAAUUGCGUCAUUCAGUGGAGUCUAAAAGAUGGAAGCGAAAUUAAUCGUUUUACACACAAAUGCGAAAUUUUAUCUUUUGCUUGGACUGCUAGCGGAAGACGGAUGGUGAUCGUCGAUUCUGACAAGUGCGCAUACCUCGUUGACAUGAAUGAUGGAGUUGAGACUCUAAUAUGUGCUUCAGUCUGGUCACGAUAUGUUAAGUUGACUCCUGACUGCCGGUUUUUUUUCUGUUUACUUCCGGAGAUUGAACAUGUUUGGUUUCCGGAGCCCAAGCUUUUUUGUUUAGAUAUUGACAGGAACACUAAGUCAAUGUAUAGUUUGGAUUGCAUUUUUGGGACGAGUUCCUACCAGUACGCCUCGGAAUUUGAGACUUGCAAUGAGAGUGGUUUCCUAUCAGGAGAUCCCUUUUGGUAUCCAUCUGGAGGAAUAUUAUCAUCUGUGGAUUUUGCACUUGUACUAGAAAAGCAGAUGUUACUAAGAGUUUGCCCUGGCAGUGAAGUGAUUGAAAUGUGUCGCCUUAACGACGUAAGGGAGUGGAGAGUUGAGAGUAACGAUGAAGCGGGACUAAGCAUAGAACCCGGUGACAUUACGACAGAGAGAACCGAAAAUAACGAUCUAACGGAACAUAACCUACCAGAAAUCAACCAUAUGCUGGAACAGAAAGCUGAAAUCGAUGUUCUGUCAGGACAGAGAGCUGAAGUUGCUGAUCCAUCAGAACAGAGAGCUGAACUCGGUGGCCUAGUUGAACAGACAAUGGAACGUAACAACUCUACGGAAAAGAGAGAUGAACUUGAUGACUUUGUGGGAGAACGAACGGAAUUUAAUGACCCACCAGAAAACAGGCUCAAACUCGAUGAACUGUCAGAACGAUUGGAAACUGAUCCAUGCAGCUUAUUAGGGAAUGGAGCUGAUCCUUAUUGUAAAGGGGGUAAGUUUCCAAAGAAACUGUGGUGCUGUGUCGGAGGGAGAGUAUAACAGGGUAAUUUAGUAUUACCAAUUGAGUUGAUAACGUAAACUGGCCAUCGCUAUUAAACUCUUUAUGGUGGCCAAUUUACGUUAUCAACGCAGUUGAUAAUACUUAAUUGCCUAGAUCUUUAUUCUGUUCUCUCUUUCCUAGAUGAUCAGGAACAACAGGAACCUCUAGUUGAGGACAUGGAGGAAAACGGUUUUGUUGGAUAUGAUCGCUUUCAAACAAGUUUUGACGUUCAUUUCUCUGUUGAUGGUGACUCUCUUUAUACCGUGGAAGGUACAAGGAUCCAGCGAAUAAAUAUUGUGGCUGGCGAUGUUUUAAGUAAAAGGAUCAGAGCUUUAAGUGUUGUGCCCGUCAAAAGAGGUGUCCUAUUUCGAACAGUUAGUGGCUCGCUUGAGUUGUGGAACCCUGAGUUGUCUGUUUGCAUGAAAAGCUGGACUGAGUUUCCUGUCGAUGAUGUUGUACCCUUAUCAGAGGAACGAGUCGUCUUGGAAACGAGGAAUAACUUUGAUCGCAGACAGGAAGUCGUCAUUCUAGAUACAACGAGUGAACAAAUUGUGUCAAAGAUUGGAAAUUUUGAAGGUGAAUUUUUGGCAUGUAAUAAUAAAUGGGAAGUGCUAACCACCACUGAUUGUAACUCACUGCAGCUGUGGCGUGAAAACCGAGUGCUAUGGGAAACUUCUAUUAAGUUUCAUCCAUUUAGCCUUCCAAGUGCUAUUUUUUCUCCUACUGAAGAAAACGUCGUCACUUAUGGUAUACUUGGCUCUUACGUCCUUGACGCAGUUUCGGGAAAAGUGAUUCGUCAAUUGGAGAACAUGGAUGUAGAUGAUAUUAAGUUUAUCAGUAACGAGGACUGCGUUGUAGGCUUGAAUGAUCUAAGAGCUUUGUGUCUUCGAUUAUACAACGUUAAAACUGGUGAUCUCCUCAGUGAAAUUGUAGAGGAACGACUAUUUGUAAGUCUUGCAGUUUGUCCUCGUAAGCGCUUAGUCGCAAUUGGCUAUAAACACUCCAAGGACCAUUUUGAAAUCAUUCAAGCGAAGCUGCCAGGUGACAAAGAAAAGACAAACAUCGAAAGGUCAGUUGAAACAAAGUUUAUUUGAAGACAGAAAAAGAAUAAUGUGGAUAAUAAUAUAAUGUUAAUAGUAUUGAUAGUAGUAAGAAUAACAAUAAUGAUACUUAAUAAUAACGUGAUAAUGAUAACAAUAAUGAUGAUUGUACAUGUAAUAAUAACGAUAACAGUGGUAGUAAGAAAAGUUAUGAUGAUUAUUAUAACUAUGAUGAUAUUAAUGAUAAAUAAUGAUAAUAGAACAGAGUGGAGUCCACUUCGGUCUGUAAUCAUACGAGAGAUUAGCAAAAUCGGACGACCGCAAAGUCCGAUUUGUCCAUCACGAGUGUGAUUAUAGACACAAUUGGACGACACAAAGUCCUAUAUCAAUUUAUCUUAACCGUUACAAUUUCCGAAGACAACAAACAUAUUGAGGACAAAUAUCUCUGGUAGAGACAAUUUCUAAAAAGAAAAAUUUCUCAAUUUUGGAAAUUCCACAGUUUUUUUUAGUGAUAGUGGUUGUUGCUAUGGUUGUUGUGAUCAAUUCUGUGAUUGGUGGAUUUGGCGGAAAGGACUCAGUAUGA